UUAUCGCCUGGCCCACGUCCCAAUAAGCGCCCAAUUCAGGUUCUCUUUGGACCCUGGAGUCUUUUUUAAAAGGGGUAGGUGGAGUUUCCACUCUCUCCUGUCCCCAGACCUGAGUUUGGGUCACAGCGGUUGGGUGUCGCCUCUCUCUGGUCUCCCUGCUGGUCACCCCCACCCCGAAACUAAACCACAAAUCUGCAAAUUUAAGAAAAGAAGCAUCAAAACAUUGAAAUGGAUCAGCACAAGUAUCGCACGGCGGGCGUCCAGGAGAAGCUGGAGAUCAUCGGGGUGGAGGACGAGGCCGGGAACCCCAUCAGCGCCCUGACCAUCCUGUCGCUGCUGGAGCGAGUGGCCGGCAUCAUCGACAACGUCCAGUCCUGCCAGCAGCGCAUGGAGGAGCGUCAGCUGGACCUGGAGAACAACAUCAAGAGCAUCCAGGGCGACGUCCUGAAGCUGGCCAAAGACCACACCGACACCAGCGGCACCGUGGAGAAGCUCCUGCAGAAGACCCGCAAGGUCAGCGCCAACGUCAAGGAGGUCCGGACGCGUGUCGAGAAGCAGAACGUUCGGGUGAAGAAGGUGGAAACGACUCAAGAUGAGCUGCUCACCAGAAACAAGUUCAGAGUUGUCAUCUACCAGGGGGAGACGGAAAUCCCAUCAGUGGCUGUCACCAAGUCCCCUAAAGGAGUCGGUCUGGAGGGGGUGGAGAUCGAACCCGACUCCUACGACAUCCCGGCUGACCUCUCAUCCGAUGAGGAGUACCUGAGCGUGGAGGAGGCCGACUCCUCACGAGCCGCCCGCAUCAAGAAGUCCAUGGUGAAGAGCACGGAGACCCUGAAGGCCGCUUUCUCCAAGGAGAACAUGAGCAAAACCAAAGACAACCUCGGCACCAAGUUCCACAACCUGGGCGAGAAGGUGAUGCCGCCCGAGCGCCGGGAGAAGAUGCAUCAGGCCGGCGAGCGGCUGAAGCAGUCCGGUGAACGGCUCAAGGAGAACAUCGCCAAGAAAGCUCCAAGCAAAGAGGCCUUCCGCAUCAAGCUGAAGAAGGAGAGGGCCGUCGCUGAGGGCCAGGAGGGCGCCGAGGCCGAGACCAAGGAUGAGGAGUCAGCGGGGGGCGUGGCCUACACUGAGGUCGCCAUGGAAACCAAGAGGGAGGGGCCGGUGGAGGAGGCCGGCGCUACCCGGAUAGCAGAGUAAGAUCAGAGGUAACAGAUGAGCCACGAUUGGACGUGAAGAGGAGAAAACUCAACCAGGAGUAAAAGAGGUGUGCAAUGGACAGUUUGUUUGUUUGAAUGUAUCAAAGUGGGAGAAAAAUCAUCAGAACAUGAAGUGAUAUUUAUAAAAUCUACUAAUUCAGGUCAUCAAGAGUCGUCUGUUGUCAUUUAAGUAACUUGAUGCACUGAGAUAAAUUCAGGUUUAGGAUUUCAAGUCAAAGCUCCCUGAAGUUGUGUUUGACUAAAUUAUGAGUCCAGAUGGUAAAGAGUUUGCGUUGCGAUUCAUAACCAGGCUCAAAGUGCAGAUUAUUUAUUAUUUGUACAGGAUGGCUGCAGGGAGAAGGAAGAUGGCGGGUGUUUGACAGAACUUUGAGAAGGAAGAUGAAUGUUGACGUCUAUGUGUUAAUUUUCACAUAUAAUAUUGUACAUACUGACAAAACUGCCAAAACUGGGAAGGUGAAGUUGGCCUCAGCUGGUCUCUGAGAAGAAAAGAAACUAACACUGAGUCAGACUGGAUUCUGAACACAGAAUAGUUGGAGUUAAAGAGGAAACUUAUGGUGCUAGAGAGCGACAUCAGUGAGCGUUUAGGUAGACAUUAAAGCUGCAUCAGGCCAAGAGGUUUAACCCAAGUAACCAUAUAACUGCUGCACAACAUAAACUGGUAAAACAUGCUAGUUGGUCCAACUCUUCAUAGCUGUGUUUCCAUAAAGCAGAUUGAGGUGCCGCAUUAGAUAAAAUGGAUGUCAAUAGCAAGAUUUUUUUUUUAAAUUCUACAGUUCAAAAUCUGUGAAAAUCUCUGAUCAAGAAAAGAAACCUUCAGAUGGGGACUAAACACAAGUCAAAGCUGAAGAUAUAAAAUUGAAUCAUCUGCAAAGAAAUGUACACCGACUGGAAAGAAUGGUGUGUUUACAUUAAGUCUAAAAGAAAAUGGACCGACCACAGACCCCUGCAGAACACCAUUUCCCAUAACGGAACGAAAGAGUAACUGAAAAGGAAGUAUAACUGAGACAUUUAGAAUCCAUUGCAGGAAAAUAGUACAGCUGCAAGAUGACAAAAGAUGAAAUGAACAAACAAGAAGACAAAAUGAGUUAAAGUUUAGGAUGCAUAAAAUUGUGCAGUCUGCAAAGAAAUGGAUGCUGUAGCACUAAGUAUUAAGAAUGGUGUUAAUUAUACAAAGUGUAUGACAUUUUUUCUGAUUAAGUCUUCUCUUACUUUUUCUCUUCAAGAUUGUCAAUUUUUUUGUUUGCUGUACGUCUUCUUCAUAGUUUAUUAGUGAACAACUUGUAAACAAACUCUUUGCCUAGUGCAGCUUUAAGUUUAACAGUACUUUGAGGUAGAACUAGUAAAGCCUUUGCAUGAACUUUAGUCUAAUGCAGCCUCUUCUAACUAGAAAUUAGUCAGACUGUCAUUACUGGUCUGAAUGUGAUGGAUUUGAGCUCUGACAUUUUGCUGCGUUCAGGUGGGUGAAUGUUUUAGUUUUGGCUGCUUGAUAUUUAUAGUGUCUUUUGAAGUUUAUCCUCCUGAAGCGAUUACUGAGGUUACCGCCUUCGUCAGGAUCACAGGACGUAAAGUUUUUGGCACUUCAGUCAUCAGAUGUAGGCGCUUCGCUUUCACAGAGCUGCCAUUAUACACGAGUACAGCGUCUUAUUCUGAAAACAAACAACCUGUAUAUCUUUAACCUCUGUUUUAUUUCUUACUCAUAUAUGUAUUUAUGUCCCUGUACUGCUGCUGUUGAGUGGAUUUAGUGAAGUAGGUGAUAGGAUUUGCAUUCAUUUUUGAGUACAGCUUGUUUUGUUGCCAUUUUUACAACAGUGUCUCCCUGUUGCAUCAAGUUGAAAAUCAGCUGAUGUUGUUGUUUUGUGCCUGUACUCACUUUCUGUUUUUGAUAAAUAAAGUGAAACCUCUGUAAACUGUG